CUGCCUGUCUGCCUGUCUGCCUGUUUGCCCGACGCCUGCAUCUGACUCCCUUCGAGACCCUGCUCACUUGACUCAUUCAAGCCCGAGUGACACACGCAAGGCGUACUCCUUGUCCGCGGUCGGUUGUGAUCCCAUAAAGUACGAAUACCUCCCUCUGCGACAUUCUCGACUUCCUCGCCUCGAGUUUUAUUCGCUAUACACCCGGGAAAAACAAUGGAUGCUUCACACAAUAUGAAUGCCGAUGCAGGCUGGAAGAGCAACAACAGACCUCAAUCGACUCUAGCCCAAGACUUCUCGGCGACCUUGGACGAGAUGUUCAGAUUGAACGGGGUCAGUGCCCUUGAGGAUUCUCUGGUGCAAAAAAAAGAUACUGUUCAAUCCCAACAGUACCAACUUGAAGACCUCGAGGCCAAAUUACGAGAGGCAGACCAGAGACUAAAGCAACUCGAAACCAAACACCGUCGCACGCAAAGCGAGAUGAAGUUCGGAGGUCGCCAGAGACACCCCGUGUCAUGUCUUGUCAAUGCUGACGACGAGGACAGCAGCGGCGAAAGCGACGCCCUCGGGAGAUCGUCACCAGAAGACGAAAGAUCGAGACAACAUUGAACGAUAAACAUGGCACAUUUUAAAAACAAAGCGAAAGAAACAUCAUGAGGUUUUUGGGGGAAUGGAAACUGCUGGGGGGAGGGAAAAACUUCUUGAUUGAUUUCGUUUUCUACUCUUUUUUCGUAUAUACCCUUUUGGCAUGAGCAAUUGGCAACUUAUUCCUUGUUGGCGUUUUUUGGCUCUUGUGUCACCUUGGUUGUUGAUCCAGGGUACAAGUUUGAGACAAAGUCAUUGUUGGGGAUCAACGCUUCAUUAAACACGAUAGUCGUGCUCUGUCUCGUUAUGGAUGGGAGUAUGCUACAUAUCUGUCUCUUUUUCCUCCAGACCUAAUGAUAAUCCUUUGCAACAUUG